UUUCUUUGCUGAUCUCCGAUCUUUGCAAAUUAUCAGUUAAUUUGACUAGUAUUUAGUUCCGCCUCUAUCGUCACACGUUGCUCAAUACUCUCUGAACAUCAAAGGCCUCACGAGGGGUUUGGUGCUGCAAGUUUAACAAGUAAUUUUCCAGUUAUUGUAUGAGUCAAAAAACAGAAAAGCCAGUACUGUCAGGGCAGCGAAUCAAGACACGGAAAAGAGAUGAAAAAGAGAAAUAUGAUCCAGCUGGGUUUAGAGACGCUAUACUACAAGGGCUUAACAAAGCUGGGACUGACUUAGAAGCUGUUUCCAAAUUUCUGGAUACUGCCGGGUCUAAACUGGACUACAGACGUUAUGGGGAAGCAUUGUUUGAUAUCCUCAUAGCUGGAGGUCUUUUAGUGCCUGGUGGGUCGAUAGCACAAGAUGGCGACAAACCUUGCAAAACCAACGCUUGCGUGUUUGAGGCCUCUGAAGAUAUGGAGUCGAUGCGGAGUUUUGAACAGGUAUUUAUCAAGCUCAUGCGACGUUACAAGUAUCUCGAGAAAAUGUUUGAAGACGAGAUGAAGAAAGUGCUUAUAUUUAUAAAGGGAUUUUCUGAACUAGAACGAAUAAAACUGGCUCGAAUGACAGCUCUUUGGAUCUCAAAUGGAUCUGUCCCUCCGUCGGUGCUGCUUGUACUGAUUAAUGAACAUCUUAUAAAGGACAACCUGGCACUGGAUUUCUUGUUGGAAGUAUUUGUGACAUGGAAACAAGAAAAAGGGCUCAGUAGCCUAAUGGCUGCUCUGAAGAAGGGUGGAAUUGAAAGCAGGUUGAUGGAAUUUGUACCACAGAACAAGCGUACAGAAGAAAACUUCAGAGCAGUGUUUGAGGAAAAGGGCCUUGUUGACAUAGUCAAACUGCAUAAAGCUCAGGCAAGUCAAGAGGCAAAACGUGACCUGCAGCAACAACUGGAGGAACAACUUUCAGAAUAUCGACCCAUCAAAGAAAUUAUUGCAGAUAUAAAGGAAAUGGCAGCAAAAAGUGGAAUACCCGAGCAUGAAACAAUUACAUUGGUGUGGACAACAGUUAUGUCACAAGUUGAAUGGAAUAAAAAGGAAGAACUGGUAGCUGAACAGGCACUAAAACAUUUGAAGCAGUAUACGCCUUUGUUCGAAGCUUUCACAACCACAGCACGUUCUGAACUGGCACUGAUGCUCAAAGUGCAAGAGUAUUGUUAUGGAAACAUGAACUUUAUGAAAGUUUUCCAGAAAAUUAUCCUGUUAUUCUACAAGACUGAUGUAUUGUCAGAGGGUGUAAUUUUGAAAUGGUAUAAGGAAGGUCACUCAGUGAAAGGAAAAAUGAUGUUUCUGGACCAAAUGAAAAAAUUUGUUGAGUGGCUACAGAAUGCUGAAGAAGAAUCCGAAUCUGGUGAGGAGGAAGACUAAAGAAAAGGAACAAUUGUGGAACUGCUGUUGUUACAGAAUUAACAGUUUUCUGGAAGGUCAUCUCGGUGUAGUGUUCAAGGAUGCAGUGAAAUCGCAGAAAUACUGAACUCUUGAACUGAACAACAGUUGUGAAAAAUUGUUUCCAUUUCUUUACUGCAUAUUACUCACAGGAUUAAUUCAUAACUUACUUUUAAGGAACAACGAGAAUGGUAUAUUCAUCUCUGACUUGCGGUGCCUUAUUCUUCUCUUGUACAGUAGUAGUCAUAUGUCAGCGAGAUAAAGGAAAGUUCAUAGUCUUAAAUUUCUUCUGAGUUCUGAAAGAGAACACUUAAGAUCAUUUAUUUGUUAUUGAUUCACUGAUUAAAAUUUUUUAUUGCAUUGGUAUUUUUAAAAAUGUAAAUAAAUUCGUUAGAGAUGAAAAUACCACACCACGUUAGAAGGUAACUCAAUUCUAACUGAAGUUUAUUAAUUAUCACCUUCUGUUUUUUAUAUAUUUGUUUAUAUGGUAUAGUCUGUCUGGUGAAGUUAUCGGCCGUGUCUGCCAAUGUUUAUAUCAUGCUGCCAAAUAGAAAAGAAUCUUUGUAAAUGAGAUUUAUUUUAUCUACAAGAUGGAAGUCUUUCCCAAAUUACCUCAAGGAAAGGGUUUAAUAAACAUAUUAAUAGAAA